GAUGCUUGUCAACUACGAAAAACAGUCAUACAAGCGCGAGGCAGUUCUUCCACUGAGCGCGCGCCCUCUUGAUUUGGUUUACUUCAUUUUCUUUGCGAUACACCUCCCUGCCUCGCUCAUGAUCGACCUGCAAUAUAUCUACCCGCCUGCGCUCGUGCCAGGUCUCCUACGCAGCGCGAUUGACGCGUACAUUUUCAUGUCAAGAGACCCGCUCAUAGGAGGCGUGUUCGAAGCCUUCGGGGACAGCACCCACCUCAUAUGGUUCAAGACAUUUUUGGUCUUGGAAGGCGUAUUCCAGAUCCCGGUAUUCGUAAUUGGACUUCGGGGGCUAUACCAUGGCUCCGGUAAAAUCUACCCCCUACUCGCGCUCUACGGAGCAUCCUCAGCAACGACCACUCUUGCGUGCCUCGCCGUUGUCCUUAUCACCCCCGAAACAACCGCGCACACGCUCGCACAAGGAGUAGCCUCCGUAUCCUUUGAGCAACGUCUGCUGCUGCUCUCAAGCUAUGUGCCAUUCUUCGUGAUACCGUUCAUGAUGGCUGUCGACAUGGGCUUGCGCGUAUCGCAGCUCAUUCAGAAGGGUAUCAAGGCGGAGGAGGAAGAGAAGUGGAAGUA